AUGGACAGCAAGUUGAAACUUAAUCAAUCAAAAGGUGAUCCUCUCAUUGACAUUCAACAGUAUGGAAGACUUGUUGGCAGGCUUUUGUAUCUCACUUCUACAAGGCCGGAUCUUUCUUUUGCCACACAACAAGUAAGAUGUGUGGAUUCUCACAAAUCUAUAACUGGUUAUUGUAUUUUUCUUGGAGGGUCAUUUAUAUGUUGGAGAGCUAAGAAGCAAUCAACAGUAUCUCGAUCCUCUUUAGAAGAAGAGUAUCGAGCACUAGCUUCAACAACUUGUGAGUUCUGA